UUUGUAACGAUAAACUAAUUUAAUUGAAACUGUUUUUAUAAUUAAAAAUUUAAUAUUAAAUAAUGAUUUGUUUGUCUUUAUUGGCAUUACUGGCAAUUGGUUUAAUAGACCAAACAUACGGUCAGCUUCAAUGUCGCGACGAAUCGGGCAAAUCGGUUGACUGGUAUGUGGUCUAUAAGUUUCCCCGUCUGUCUGGCGGUGAGCCGCCAGUGGACAGCGGUUUUCGCUACGCUUUCCUUACCAGCGAAUCCAAUUCCGGCUGGACUUUGUCCGACUUGGAUAUUACGGACAAAAAAUCGAUAUUUGGUCAGACAUUGCAACCCAUUUACGACAAGUCUAUUGACUCGCAUAUCAGUUAUAUCAACUAUAAUGACGAAACUCCCGACGCAAAGACCACGAGUGGCGGCGCUCACGCCAAGGGUGUUGUCGGCACUGAUAAAACACACGGAUUUUGGCUCAUUCAUAGUGUGCCAAAGUUUCCCUCAAAAGAGUCAACUCAUACAUAUGAAUAUCCGGAAACCGGUAGCCUUUACGGACAGACAGCUCUGUGUAUAUCCAUCAGUAUCGACGAAGUGGACAAAGUUAUUGAACAAUUGUUAUAUAUGCGGCCACAUAUCUAUUCAAUUAGGGUGUCGUCCCACUUGAAGUCAGUGUCCAAAAAUAUAGCGGCACUUGAAAAUAAUGAUUGGGAAACGGGUGAUCUAAAUGUACGGUACAUCCAGAGUACUGGUCGCAUGAAUUUUAUUAGUUUUAGUAAGAGUCCCGGCGAUCACGUUGAUCUCUAUGCCGAUAUAGUUGCACCGCAUCUCAAUACAAACCUAUUUGUCGAAACCUGGCGUAAAGGUGUCGGCACACCAUUGCCAUCCGAGUGUAACCUGGAUGAAAUUGUCGAAAAUGUCUAUACAAUUGGCUAUAGGUUUGCCAAUACUAAGCUUAUGGGUGAAUUCAAUUAUCUACACGAUCACAGCAAAUGGGCAAUCAGUAAGAUUUCGCAUAAACCCUAUGUAUGUGUCGGUGAUAUGAAUCGUAUGAAAAGUCAGUUCAAAAGAGGCGGCGGAACCACUUGUUUCGAGUCGCCAAAUGUCUGGAAGAAUAUGGACGACUGGGUCGUAGAAGUGGAAGAAUGCAAAUAGUUUUCAUUGAUUUUGAACUAAAACAUAGUAAAUAUAAUAAAUUAUUAUUAUAUUAA